AUGUCAUUCGAUAUCAAUUGGUCGGAUCUUGUUUCAGAUGAGUCGUUGAAUGAAUCUAUCAAGGAUUUCCUUGAUAAUCAAUUCCAGAAUAUAUCGCUACCAUCGUUUAUUGACAAUUUGUCGGUGUCAGAUUUCAGUCUUGGAAACUCAUCUCCAGAAAUCACUAUUCGACACAUAGGGGAUCCGUUCGACGAUUUUUAUGAAGCUGAGGGAGAAGAUGAUGAAAAGGAAAAAAAAAACGUUUAUAUGCAGCAAGGAGUCUCGAGGGAUAGUAAUUCCAGUGACGAAGAUGACGAUGACGAAUACGACGGAGAUAGAAGUAAUGAUUUAUCCAUAAUUACGGAAGAUCCGAAUAUACAUACGUUCACCAGUGAAGCUGGCCGAUCGAGACUUGCUAGCCCUCCAUCGGCUCCUCUUACAGAUCUUCGGAGAUCCCGUGCUGCCCUGGAUCCGUUCUCGUUGAUUAUGGGGAAUAAUAAUUUGAACUACAUGCAUAAUUAUAAUAUGAAUUAUGUUGGGCUUGGGAACCUCAAUGCCACUGGAACACACACAGGUACCGAUACACCAACAAAUAUACUUAACCAAAACCCUUACGCCACCCUAAAGAGUAACCCAUCUUCGUACUACAAGAAUAAAGAUUCGUCAAAGUUCUCAGGUAGCGACACUCACAAGAAUGGAUUCAGACUCACAUCGAAAGAACCUUGCUCCACUAGAGGGGAGAAUGAUAUUCAACUAAUUGCCGAAGUCAAGUAUAAUGGUGAUUUGCAUUUGGAGCUAACAGUUAAUUUAUUGGUUAACUACCCUUCUCCUAACUUUAUUUCGUUGCCAAUCAAGCUACAUGUAACAGAUUUAGUGAUACAUUCAAUUAUCACCAUAGCAUAUUUGAAGAACUCUGUGUUCUUCUCAUUUCUUUGUGACGUUAAUGAUAUAAAUUCAGAUUACUUCACAUCAAGCACUCAGAACUCAACUCCAGAAAAUAUGAACGGGACCACCAAUACCGGAGGAAAUUUUGUAGAUUAUAUCUCUGGACCAAUUAACAGAGAAAGGAUUGACAUUAUCAAAAAGGUAAAAAUUGAAUCUGAAAUAGGUGAAGCAGAACAAAAUGCAUUGCGUAACGUUGGUAAAGUGGAAAGAUUUUUGGUUGAGCAAUUAAGAAAUAUAAUAAGAGACGAAUUUGCAUGGCCCAGCUGGGUCUGUUUUGACUUGAAUGACGAUGAGGAUGAUGAAAGAGAUGAUCAAGAUCAAAGAGAUGAUCAAGAGGAAAAUUAA